AUUCGUUGGGGUCUGAAUGUUCCUUCCGUCUGCCUUCUCUGUAAUUCUCAAAAUGAGUCGAGGCAACACCUUUUCUUUGACUGCUCAUAUGCUGCGGAAGUGUGGCAGUAUUUUACGAGGAAGGCACAUGUUUUUCCAUCUUACCUGUUUGAAGAUGGAGUUAGAUGGCUUAAGAAUCCUUGUCAUGACAAAAACAUAGCUUUGAUUCUUAGACUUGCCUUCCAAGCUUCUAUGUAUUCCAUCUGGAGAGAAAGAAACUCGAGACUGCAUACUGCUUCCUCAAGACCAGCCUCUGCUUUGGUAUUUGAGAUAAAGAACAUCCUCCGUUGCCAUUUGGAUCCACUCUCUAGAGCUCAACGAAUUACUCCUCCGGCUCCUACUCUUUUGGGUUCUUGGUUUGAUGUAUUUCAAUAGUUAUGUGCUCUUGUUUAUCUUUCUUGUUGCAGGGUCAUUUUCUUUUCGUCAAGACUCUUGUUGUAUCCAGUUUCUAAGUUUUUAAUAAAAGGUAUGAGUUAUUAAAAAAAAAAAAAACCAGAAUAAAUUCAUGUGCAUAGUGUAGCACCUCCUACGUGCAUUAUAUAUGCACCUUUCAUUUUCCGGGAUUAAAUCUAGAAUCUUAUACAUAUAAGCAUGCUUCAUGGGUCAUGGCUUCACGCUCCUCUCGAGGAAAUAAAAUAUAAA